UCAAUCCAUGCCACAACCUCCUGCGCGCUUCCACAGCCACAACUUAUGCCGGACCUCGCUUCCUUUUUUCACUAUAUAAUCAACUCCUCCUUUCCACUCUUCUCCAUUACAAAGCGCCUCCUUCAAAGAUUCAAGAAUCAGCAAAAUAUUUGCACAGAGCUCUGUAGAUCAGUAAUGGAGAGAAGCCAGAGUCUGGAGAAGAUAAGGCAGAUCACAAAGAAGUUGCAGAGGCUCGGAAGUCUGAAGAAAACGCUUUCAUUUAAGCUGCGCCGCCGCUCUAUCGACCAGGAAGAGGAAGAGGAGAACCAGAUUGAAAGGAGGCGCUCGGAAAGUUCUGUUCCGCAAAGUCACAUGGCGGAUUACGCCGUGAAAAAUGAUCGGCGGCGGUCGGAAAGCUCUGUUCCGCGAGGUCUCAUGGCGGAUUACGGUGUAAAGGAUGAUCGGCAGCGGAGGCGGCGGUCGGAAAAUUCUGUUCCGAGAGGUCACCUGGCGGUUUACGCUGCAAAGGAGGAUUGCGAGGGGGGGCGAUUUGUUAUUCCGGUGGAUUAUUUGAAGCAUCCUGUGUUUAAAGAUCUGCUGCGCAUGGCUGAGGAGGAAUUUGGCUUUGAUUAUUUUACCGGACUUGUUACUAUUCCCUGCGAUCCAGAACUAUUUGAGGAGAUUAUCAAUAGAUUGAAAGUUUCAGGCGGCGUUCCAAUGACAUCUUCAUAUGCUUCCAAUUUUAAACCCUAUUUCGGUAAUGGCAAGACUGUGAUGGUGCAUUGAAGAGCUUAUUGUCCUGAAAAUCAUGUAUUAUAGUAUUUAAAAUUGAAUUUUGAUGCGUAACUGACUGUUCAAUUGUCUGUAUUUCAUUUUCCUUCUUCGGCCAUGGCUUCUGAUGGCAUAAUGAGGGAAAUUGCGUUGCUAAUGUGAAAGAGGUCGACUGUUCUGUUUUGGCAGAACAGCGCGGCAGGGCAAAAUAUUGAAGCUAUUGUAAACCUUGAGGUCGAAUGGAAGGGAGCUUCCUACAAAAAUUUCACUGUGUUCUGUUGAGAUUUUUAGGAUAAUUUUUACAAAAGUCGUGUAAAUUUUUAAA